AUGCGAUGUAACUAUUCUUCUCUCGUUUCAGUGCACGAAGGCAGCCCUCUGGGUGAACUCCAUCGUUGUAUCCGGGAGGGGGUGAAGGUGAAUGUUCACAUCCGCACUUUCAAGGGACUUCGGGGCGUCUGCACAGGCUUCCUCGUUGCAUUUGACAAGUUCUGGAAUAUGGCACUUACUGAUGUGGAUGAGACCUACCGAAAGCCUGUUCUAGGCAAAGCAUAUGAGCGGGAUUCUUCACUGACUCUCACGAGGCUAUUUGAUCGACUAAAACUUCAAGAUUCCUCCAAGAAGGAGGCAGAUUCUAAGUCUGCAGUUGAAGACUCCACUCUGUCCAGAUACUCCCAGACAUCCACUUGGAAGGUAGCCUCAGUGUGGGGAAGAGAAGACACUGACCGGGGCUCACGCAAACAUUCCCGCUCCGUCCCAUCUUCCCUGCAGGCAUCUACAAGGGAGGAGUCCAGGUCAGAGCUGUCAGGGAGGACUAUUCGGACAGAAGGGUCUAGUGUGGGAGGUACCUUUUCCAGAGCUACUACCCUUUCUAGGGGCCAGUCCCGUAAGAAAAAGAGAAAGCCCAAAGUAGAUUACCAACAGGUAUUCACUAGACACAUAAAUCAGAUUUUCAUUCGAGGUGAGAAUGUCCUGCUAGUUCAUCUUGCACAGUGAGCAACUCUGCUUCACUUGAGCUUUAGUAUUUAGAAACAAAAUGCAUGAAUUGCUGCUAUGCUGUAUCCUAGUAUCCCAGUGAAACCCUGAGUUGGAAUUAUCCCCUCUGGUACUGCAUGUGUUGAGGAGAGAACCAGGCUCGGGCUCUCUGGGAGAUGAGCCUCCCUGAAGGGGAGACAGGCCUUGGGAGGGUGGGUUGUUUGCAUUAAUAUCAAAGCAGUAAUACCAGGCUGCAUAUGAGUACACACAUCUGAUUUGGUAUCAUGCUCUACUUCAGACACUCAGACCAAAUAUACGAUCUUCCAUUUGAAUCAGGGGUUAUAGUAUGAAUUAAAUUGACUCUAAGGACUCUUUAGUGUGGAGAAGAAAAACCGCAAAAAGAAUGAUCUCAUUUUAAAGCUAGUACUCUGAAUACUCACAAAUUUGAUUCUAAGAGUAGCAGUAUAAAUUGCCCUGGAACCCUACACCAACAUCUUGUAACUGACUGUUGAAUUUUGCUCUCCACCAUUCUCUCUUAAUCAAGAAAUGUAAUCUAUUAUCUUUGGAUAUCUGUAAGAUCUAAGAAAGCUACCAAUUUAUGUAAGGGCAAAAUUUGAAAAGUUGGUAUGCUUAAAGCAGCCAGCAAUGAAUGCCCUGUUUUUAUCCCUCCUUAUUAUGGAAAGGAAUGUGGGACCUCAGCAGUCUUCCCUUACCAGAGGUAACUUCUGUGAAUGACAUACCAGAUGGAACUAUAAGAUGCUCGUGUGGUGGCUUCUUGUCUUUCUCUCAAACUUCUGUGGCAUAGUGCUAGUGCAUGUACCCUGUGUAUUGCCUCUCUGUGACCUGUCCUAUAAGCUUUAUGGCAAGAGACUGUGACCUUCAAGUCUGUCUUCAAAGAGUGCUGCAUGAACUCUGUAAUAUACAUGCACCAUACAGCUGAGAAUCCCUUUUCCAGGCAGGGCUGGUCUUAUGUAGAAUAUCUUUCAGAAUGGUUUUCAUGAGACAGCAGCAGUAGUUUUAUUCCCUGUGUCAGACCAAAGAGGUUCUUACAAACUAGAGUAGGUGUGUCUGUAAGGGACACUUUACUCACAGCCAGCUUCAGUAGCAGAAAUACCAUAGCACUCUCCAAUACUACUUGAAUCAUGCUAUAUGCUUUCUCAGUCAUCAAUGCAGAAUAGGCUACAGACUGUUAGGUAACAUUGAAUUUUUUUGUUUUGUUUUGUUAGUUUAUGUUUUAUUUUAGAUAAUUCAUAUUCAAAUUACAAAUAAGAAAUAGCUAACUAGUUAAAAUGCUUGAAAAGAAAAAUUUCCCCUGCUGUAUUUGUUGUGUAACUUAGAUACCUGGUCCUUCUGCUAGAUGGGUCACUGGCUUAUCAUAUAAUGAAAGGAGAGCCUCAGUGUUUGCCCAUCAGACACCUACCUCACAGGAGCACUGAGACAACGAAUUUUAGGAAGGCAUUUUAAAGUCUCUAAGCAUGUUUUGGAACCAUGAGUCAUUUUUACUAACUCUACUUCAUGGUUUGGUUAGAAUGCUUAUGAGCAAGGCAGGUAAUCUCUGUAGGUAUCAUAAGUAUGAUCUUGCUGUGAUCAGAAGGCAGCGGUAUCUUCAGGAACUAUUUCCCAUGUUCCAUUCCUUUCUCCUAAAGGACAAUGGGAGUUUCAGAAGAAUAUCUUGAGUAAGAUGAGAGUAACAUUUCUUUGCUGCUCCUCUACAUCCUAGCCCCUACCCUUUCUGAUCAUUUUUAGAAAGGAUUCCCCUGAAUUUCUCAUCAGUUUGUAUGAUAAUACCAAAGGGAGAAUGAGCAUCUAAAAACAACACAUCCCUAAAAGGGAAUUUGUAGAAAUUGUUUUGUUUUAUUUUAAAAUGCAUUUUAAAUAUGUUUUUUAGAGCCACAGAAGAUGUAUUAAAUAUUUAGAGAGGUUCCAGAUCACAAACUUGAACCAUCAUCUUUGGAAUCUGCCAAUCUAAUCUCUUCUAAAUAAUGUGUCUAAAAGUUCAGUUCCCCAGUUAAUAGUUGUCUUGUUUAAUCAUCAGGCACCCCUGCCUCUACCUCUUUACCAGUCUCCCUUGUUUGGCUGUCCUAUCUGUCUGCCCUCUUGUUCCUUAGCUAGAAGCUGUAAUGGAUAUUAGAUUUUUCCAAUAAAGUAGAAAUUUGGAAUCAAACGGAAUAUAAUCAAUUUCUGUUUCAGUCUAGUGCCUGAUUAAAUCUAACCUAAUUUAUUUUACAUAAUGCUGGUUUUCAUAAUGUUUGUAUAUAAUUUUUAUAUAUUCAUGUAAGGAUUGAUUUACUGCUUUUUUCUACCCAACUUAAUAAUUCUGGCUCUGAAAAAUUUAAAACUGUGAUAUGUCUUAGAUGCCCAUUUAUUUGUUUGGUUUGGACAGUGAUCCUGGAAUGAUUGAACUAUCUAGUAUUGUGUUAUUUUGUGCAAAGCAUACUUUUUUAGAGAAGUCAGUUUUUAAAAAUCAUAGCCUUUUUCUUUAUUAUUGGAGAAAUUUUUCAUAAGGAAGAAAAAAUAGGUCCUAACAAUGUAUAUGUUGCUCAAAAAAUGUGAUCAUCUAGGAUAUUAUAGUAAGUUGCUAUGGAAACAACUGAUGUCUUCCUCAAGAGGAGAGAAAAGGAGGCAGUAACCACUAGAAUGGUAGAGACCUGGGGGCCCCUCCACCUGAAGGGGGCUCUAAGCUGCUGCAGGUCAGCAAAACUGGUUUCUAGUAUUCCCCAGAGAUUUGGAUUUGGGAAACUUGGUAGGAAUAAUACUUAUUUUUGAACAUCCAUUUUGGUUCUUCAAAGUAAUCUCCAAACAUGGGAAUGUGUUUUCCGGACAUUUCACAGGGCAUACCUAUCUGUGUACUUGUUGAGGUCCUCUCAGGAGUUUCCAGCUUUGUUAGAUAAGAACAAGGGAUUGAGAAAUUGAAGAUAUGCUAUUACACCCAGAAUAGUUUCGUGUGCCAUUCUUUGUACAGAGAGAUGAUUCUACUGCUCUACCACAAGGCGAACUUGCACUUUAGGUUGUUCAUUUUAGUAUCUGGAAAGCAUUUAUGCUUCCUUUCAGAGACAGACCUCUUAUGAAAGAGGUGGGCAGUUGGUGAGAUGGUUAGCCAGAGUUAGCAGUGUCUAAGCAGUACCCUGCCUGCUCUCUGCAUGUCAAGCCAGAAAGCUUAGAAACCUUUAACACUAAAGUCUAGAUAGGAGUCCUUACUAUGAGUUGUUAGUGAAUCAAGAGGGGUUCAUCUGUUUUCAUGGUGGAAUAGUCUAAAAGCACCUUUAGAGAUUGUCAGGUCAUGAGCCAUGAGCUGCUCUUAAUCCUCAGAAGCCUUAUGGAAAGUAGGUGUACUGCUUCUAUUCCUUGAGAAAAAAUAGAACCUAACUUGAUGAAGAGUAGAUAUUUAUAUUUAUGUUUGCACUGUUCCUGUAGUAGCUGACAUGGGUAAAAUAAUGAAAUAUAAUAAGUUCUGUAAAUUACUUGUUUAAAUUUUGUCUAAUUUUGCCUUUAGGAAAUAAUUUAAAUUAUUCAAAGAUAGCUAGCUAUCCUAAAGUUUUCCAGUCUUUUGUGUAUUUUUUUUAUGAAUGAAAUGAUUUCUGUGGUUCAGGUCAAGGUUUAUGUAAGUGUAUCAUGGUAUAAAUAUAAUGGUUUUCCAGCUGUUCUAAUUUCUCUUUUCCUGUGCCAGAUACAGAAUGCAGUCAACCCCUUCUGUUCAUCAGCCUGUGUUUUUCAGGGCAGUAACUCCCAAAAGGGUUUUCUUAGUGAUUAUAAAGCAAGAAAAUCUUAUGUGGGCUUGUGUUACAAAGGUGGGUGGUCUGUCAUUGCUUUCUGACAAAUUGAGUGAUGGGUUUAAGAUAAGCCUUUGGAGUUCCUGUCACAGUUUCCUGGGCUCCAAGGAAGGGUUGGGCCUUCUUUACUCUCAGUGUUUUUCAAAUGUUUGUAAGUUCUCUUGCACCCCUCUAAUAAAAAUGAAAGCUCUCUGUCAAGAAAUGGCUUUGGAUGAUUCGGAGAUCGAGGGGGGCGAAAGUACACCUGAGACCUUCAGUUGGUCUUUUAUUUAUUUAGAAUAAAGAAUAGUCUGAUAAGCAGCCAGAGUUAGUGCUCCUUUAAAAACACUCUGAAAAGAUGGGAACUCUCCCUCAGGAAAACUACAAAAGCUAUUCCCAGUACAUUGCAAUUGCUUUUGAUUUUUAGUCCUUUGAGCAAAUGUCUGAUGUUAUGUUUUUUGAGCUGUGGGGGAAAUAUAUCUAAAAAUUUUUAACAGAUAUUAUUUAAACAAUGAUUAUCUGACUGAAUUCUGUGUGAGCUAGGCUCUAGGGCAGCUGCCCAGUUCUUUUUCUGUUGUCCUAGCAGUAAAGCAGAUAGUAAGUGAUGUCUUAAAAAGUGAUUUACUGACAUCUAAAGACAUAACCUUCUGGGCUACCCUGGGAAUACCCCUCUGCAAAUAUUUACUGUUUUUUUUAGACAAGGCUAAACCUGGAUGACUCUAUGAAUUUAUAGUUUUUCUAUUCAUAUACCAGCUGCUAAAUGAAAAACCAUGAUUUAUAAUCUCGUCUUGAAAUUACUCCUAAUUAUUAAGUUCACCUAACCCCUUCCUGUUUAGGGAGGAUUGCUGCUAGUAACGUCAGUUUGCAAUGUUCUGCUUUAGAUAUGUGUCAUAUGGGAGUCUGGAAGCUGUAAUAAAUAUGAUUGUAUUAAUGUA